GUGGCUACCACUUUUAUGAUAAAACUAAGGCAAUUGCCUGUAGAGCUGUGUGUAUAAGUCCACAAGUUUUAUGAAAGGCAUUUCAUAGAUGUGUCCUGUGUUUUCUUUCUCAUAAAACCUAUGUUCUUUUCAUAAGAUAUAGGCAAGGCCACAGAGUGCUUUUCAUAAUUAAACCUGUGCACUUUCAAUAGGUAUUUCAUUCACUGGGUUAGGUGUAUUCAUUGCCUUUUUCAUAAUUAAUGGUGUGCACUUUCAUUGAAUAUUUCAUUAGGAAUUUUGGACGCUUUCAUUGCUUUUUUCAUAAUUAAUCCUGUGUGAUUUCAAUAAAUAUUUCAUUCACUAGUGAAUGAAAUAUUUAUUGAAAUCACACAGGAUUAAUUAUGAAAAAAGCAAUGAAAGCGCCCAAAAUUCCUAAUGAAAUAUUCAAUGAAAGUGCACACCAUUAAUUAUGAAAAAGGUAAUGAAUACACCUAACCCAGUGAAUGAAAUACCUAUUGAAAGUGCACAGGUUUAAUUAUGAAAAGCACUCUGUGGCCUUGCCUAUAUCUUAUGAGAAGAACAUAGCCUUUAUGAGAAAGAAAGACACAGGACACACCUAUGAAAGGCCUUUCAUAAAACUUGUGGACUUAUACACACAGCUCUACAGGCAAGUGCCUUAG